UGCGUCCUAAAUCAGUCCGAAUACCCCAAUAAAUUACGGAUUAUAUGGUAUCAUCAAAAUAAAACCAUCAGUUGUAUUAAUAUACUUCAAGGUCAUAUUCAUUAUCUCUCGCUGCCGAUUGCAUUAAUGCACCGUCAAUCGUAAACACAAUUUACUAGUUCAAGGAUGUUUUGGAUCGCUGUUAUCGUUGUGCUCCUGGGCCUGAUCACAUGGAAAUUCUACCUGAAGCCCUACAGGGUAUGGAGGAACAUGGGAGUGCCGCAGACCAACCCCGUCAUAUUUUUCGGGGACACCUGGGCCACCUUUUUUAAAUUCAUGAGUUUGCCGCAAUGGAUGUCUUGGAUUUAUAACAAACAUCCAGAGAGCAAAUAUACCGGCAUGUAUCAAUUCACUAUUCCGGUAUUGGCCGUACGUGAUCCGGCAAUGAUAAGGCAAUUGGCCGUCAAGGAUUUCGAUUACUUCACCGAUCACAAUAGUUUCACCAUCUCUGACGAUAUCGAUCCCUUGUGGAGCGGCAAUCUUUUUUCUUUAAAAGGUCAAACCUGGAGGGAUAUGAGGGCUCUCUUAUCCGGUUCCUUUACCAGCAGUAAAAUGCGCGCAUUGUACCAUUUGAUCUACGAAGAGGCCGUGAAGUUUUCCGAGCAUUUUAAGAAUAAAAAUGAGCAACUGAUCCGGUUGGAGCUGAAAGAUUCUUUUACCAGGUUUACUAAUGACGUGAUUGCCUCCACCGCUUUUGGCAUUAAAGUGGACUCUCUGGAGAAUCCUGACAAUGAAUUCUACAAAAUGGGCAAAGUUAUGACCAAUUUUAAUGGCUUUUGGUUUCUGCUUAGGUUUAUUGGGAUUAUACUGUGCCCCUGGUUGUUUAAGAUCUUCGGCAUAACGUUUCUUCCUGGAAAAGCCGAAGAGUUCUUCAUCAAAACCAUCAAGGAAACCAUUAAGGUACGCGAGGAGCAAAAAAUCGUACGGCCGGACAUGAUCAAUUUGCUGCUGGAGGUGAAAAAUGGACAAUCCACUAAGGAGGAAAACGAUCUGGUGCCGGAUACAGGGUUUGCAGUUGUCCAGGAGCACGUUAAAGCUAAGAAGCAGGUGAAUAUUACCGAUAUGGAUAUCGCCUCUCAGGCCGUGAUAUUUUUCUUGGCUGGAUUCGAUACCGUAUCAAUGGCUAUGUGUUACACCUGCUAUGAAUUGGCCAUUAAUCCAGAAAUCCAGGACAAACUCAAAAAGGAAAUUAAGGAGACUAACGAGAGAGCGAAUGGCAAGCCUUCCUAUGAAGAUAUUCUUGAGAUGAAAUAUCUGGAUAUGGUUAUUUCUGAAUCUUUAAGGAAGUGGCCUGUGGCCCCAGCAGCCGACCGAGUCUGCGUCAAGCCCUACACCUUAGAACCAACCGAACCGUACGAGCGAAAAAUCCACUUUGAGGUCGGCAUGAGCUUUUGGAUCCCGGUUUACGGCCUCCACCGUGACCCCAAAUACUAUCCGGAGCCGGAAAAGUUCAUUCCCGAACGUUUUUCCGAGGAAAAUAAGGGAAAACUUACGCCCUACACGUAUUUCCCGUUCGGGGUCGGACCGAGGGCCUGUAUAGGAUCCCGAUUUGCCCUAUUGGAAGUGAAACUGGUCCUGUUUCACUUGCUGAAGGAGUUUUCUUUGGUUACAACGGAAGAAACUGCCGUCCCGUUGAAGUUUGAUAAUGCUUCGCUUAAUUUUAUUCCUGACGGUGGAUUUCCACUUGGGUUGAAACGUGAUUGACAUUGAGAGAGAGAAAGAGCAGUAACUCAGUGCAGUAAGAUGUCAAAUAAUAUGAUUAGUUGUAUCAUAAUUAGUUGUAGAUAGUAAUAAAUAAAUAAUGUUUGAAUUUGAUCCAUUAA